UUUCCGCAGCAACAGGGAAAAGAUGGCAGCCCUCGCGACCCUCACUCAGCUGUCAAGUGGAAACCCUGUAUUUGAAAGCUUUUACAGACAGGUGGACCCAGGAAACACAGGGAGGGUUGGACCCACAGAGGCUGCCUUGUUCUUGAAGAAAUCAGGCCUACCAGACAUCACUUUAGGAAAGAUCUGGGAUUUAGCUGAUCCAGAUGGCAAAGGUUUCUUGGAUAAACAGGGAUUUUAUGUUGCUCUGCGACUUGUAGCCUGCGCACAGAGUGGGCACGACAUCAGCCUUGCCUGUUUAAACCUUCCUGUUCCCCCUCCAAAAUUCAUGGAUCACAGUAGCCCAUCGCUGAGUUCUGUAACAACAUCAAAUGAAAGCCACUGGGCAGUGCGGCCAGAAGAGAAGAGCAAAUUUGAUGGUAUUUUUGAAAGUCUUGCCCCAGUAAAUGGAUUACUGUCUGGUGAGAAGGUCAAACCAGUCCUAAUAAACUCCAAACUACCUGUGGACGUCCUUGGAAAGGUAUGGGAUUUGAGUGACAUCGACAAAGAUGGACACUUGGACAAAGACGAGUUUGCAGUGGCGAUGCACCUGGUGUACCGUGCCCUGGAGAAGGAGCCCGUGCCCUCCGUCUUGCCCUCCUCUCUCAUCCCUCCAUCCAAAAGGAAGAAGUCAUCAGGCUCUUUGUCAAGCAUGGUGCCAGUGUUGCCAGGCAGCCCACCACCGCCAAAAGACAGCCUGCGCUCCACACCCUCUCACGGCAGCAUGAAUUCCCUGAACAGUGCUGGGAGUUUGUCCCCAAAACACACCCUCAAAUCCUCACAGCAUUCGAUAAACUGGGUCGUACCAAUCGCAGACAGAGGGCGCUAUGAUGACAUCUUCCUCAAAACAGACACUGACCUUGAUGGUUUCGUCAGCGGCCAUGAAGUCAAGGAUAUCUUCAUGCAGUCUGGGCUUCCUCAGAACCUCCUGGCACAUAUUUGGGCUUUGGCAGACACCAGGCAAAUGGGUAAACUCACACGGGAGCAGUUUUCAUUAGCCAUGCAUUUCAUUCAGCAGAAAGUGAGCAAAGGUUUGGACCCUCCACAAGCUCUGACUCCAGAUAUGAUACCGCCAUCUGAACGAGGCACGCCAGGACCAAGUCUAUCAGGGUACAUGACACCAGUGGGAUCUGAAAUGGCUGCACUGACAGAGAUGCGCCGGGACAGCUCCAGCUCUGUGGGUUCUGGCGAGUUCACCGGGAUUAAAGAACUGGACGAUAUCAGUCAGGAAAUUGCUCAGCUGCAGAGAGAGAAAUACACAUUGGAACAAGACAUCAGAGAAACAGAAGAGUCCAUUAGACACAAAACCACAGAGGUUCAGGAGAUGCAAAACAAUCUGGAUCGAGAGACAUGCAGCCUUCAGGAGCUUGAGGCCCAGAAGCAGGACGCUCAGGACCGGCUGGAGGAGAUGGACCAGCAGAAGGCAAAACUAGAGGACAUGCUCAAUGACGUCAGACAGAAAUGUCAAGAAGAGUCGCAAAUGAUCUCCUCCCUACAGAACCAGAUCCACUCUCAGGAGUCAGAUCUGCAAAGUCAGGAAGAGGAGCUGGGUCGAGCAAAGGCUGACCUGAACCGCCUGCAACAGGAAGAGGAUCAGUUAGAGCAGAGUCUACAGGCGGGCAGGAUUCAGCUGGAAACCAUCAUUAAAUCCCUCAAAGCCACACAAGAUGAAAUCAACCAGGCUCGUAGCAAACUCUCUCAGAUCCAGGACAGUCAGCAUGAGAUCAGUAAGAAUAUUGAGCAGUACAGCAGCACUCUCAAUGGAACCCACGGGGGUAGCAUGACCAACCUAGCCGACAUGAGCGAAGGCUUCCCAGAGAAAGAGAAUGGAGGCUUUGGGGCCAUGGAGGAUCCUUUUAAGGUGAAGGCCACAGUGUUCAACAGCGCCCCUCAGGAGAUGCACAUGGAUCCCUUCCAGUCUGAGGACCCAUUUAAAACAGACCCAUUCAAAGGUGACCCUUUCCAAAAUGACCCUUUCUCAAAGCAGACCACCACAGUUGCAGAUCCCUUUGGUGGAGACCCUUUCAAGGAGACCGACCCAUUUAGCACCUCUUCUGAAGAUUUCUUUAAGAAGCCCUCCAAGCCAGACCCCUUCAGCAAUGCUGAUCCUUUUAGUAAAAGUGCCACUCUUCCCUCAAAGAGUCAUCAAUUCUCAAGCAAUGACCCUUUCAGCUCCACCAGCCCCAAACCGAAAGGCCAAGAUUUCUUUGGUAAUUUGGACCCUUUCGGAAGCAAUUCAUUUGGCAGCAACAGCGGAUUUGCCGACUUCAGCCAAAUGUCAAAGGGCUUUGUAGAUGACCCCUUCUGCCGAAAACAAGACAUGCCAGCUCUACCACCCAAGAAAAGCAUACCACCUCGGCCUAAACCACCCAGCGGUAAAAGCACUCCAGUAAACGUUCCUGGAUCUGAGGAUUCAACCAAGACGAGCGAUCCCUUCCAGCCCUUCAACGUUGACCCCGUCGACCCUUUUCAGAGUAAAAAGGGGGUGGGAGACCCAUUUAGUGGCAAAGACCCGUUUGCUCCAUCUGCCCCAAGUAAAGCCUCUAAAGACUCUUCAUUGGGUUUUGCAGACUUCAGCUCUUUUGGCAAUGAAGCCCAGCAGAUGGAGUGGGCGAAACGGGAAAGUGAGAGAGCAGAACGGGAGCGGCUGAAGAGACUCCGGCAACAAGAGCAGGAAGACCUGGAGCUGGCCAUCGCUCUCAGCAAGGCGGAGAUGUCCAACGCCUGACCCCUCCACCCAUCACCCUUCAGAUGCACCCCUUUAUACACUACAGCGACGAGAGUGUGUGUGGCUGCAUCCGAAAGCUAAUGGGCCACUCACACCGAACACGUUUUUGCAUCCGUAUGCAGCAUUUUAAAUUAUUUUUUUCUGUAAAUGUGCAAGUCGGAUGUCUUUGAACGUUGUGCCGCGUCUCGCACAGGAGCGCCAUGUUUAGACGCUAUAUCAUGUUUAAAAGAACUUCAGCUAUUAAGAGCAUGUCUCGAGACACCUGCGUUUUGUUCUGUUCGUUGCGCUGUGGCUAGCUUUUUUCCCCCCGCAAAACAAGUUUUAUCUGAGCGGCUCUUAAGGCAUUUGCCUCACUGCCUCAGAUAACCUUUCAAGACGCCAUAAUGUCACGUCUAAUCAUCUAAAACAAAUUUAAGUGAACAUAAGACAUAACCAUUAUUUCUCAGUAGAAGUGAAAUCGUAAUUUAAAAUUUUUUAAAACUACACAUUUAUAAAUUAAUUCACCACACAAUUUUGGAAUAUUGAAGGCAGCAAAGGACACAUCUAUGCUGCUUUCAAAACUUUACCGGAUGAAGGCAUGUCAGUAGACAGCAUGUUACACAAAUAUCAGAUUCUGACAUGUUUUGAUGCCUUCCAACCUCCUACAUGUAUACUGUCUGUGGUGGCAGCAUUUUUUAACUUUAGGACGCAGCCAUCGUGUGUGUGUGAGUGAUGGACCAAGAUGAAGUAAAUGCAACGGUAGGGUCCUGUAUGGACCUCUAUUCUUUUGUUUUUUAAUGUUGGGGGGGGGGGUAGUCUUUGGUUUUUGAAUCUGCUAAUUCACUCUACAUGCACUGCAUUAACCACUCAGAUAGAGUAAAUAGUUUAUUUAAAGUGUAUGUAUGUGUGUGAAUGUGCAUCAACAGAGCCAUGGACAUUGACCGUUACUGGUCUCCACAGGUCAUUAUCUCCACUGUGUCUCCCAAACUCGCACAAAAUGAUGGACUAAAAGGGACUAAGAAACCAGAAUAAAGAUGUGUAUGAGUUUUAAAAAGGUUUCGAUCCCAGGUAGAGUCAACCUUGAAACUUAAAUUACCACAGUCCCUAUUUUCUCUGAGCCCUUAUGCAAGGCAUUUAAUUCCAGGUUUUGAAUUGGUCGAUUUGGAUACAGAGCGUGUGCUAAAUGAUAAGUUACUGGCUCUAGCUGUAGUCAGUAUGGUACGCACUGGAAGUAGAGCAGCACCUUGCAGACUAAACGUCUGUAUGAAACUCUUGAGGUUAUGUAAAGCUGAAUGAGUUAUUCUCUGUUAUUAAUUGUCGUUUAAAGCAGAGCCGUUUGAUUCAGACUGGAAAAAAGUGAAUAAGAUAUAUCGAAGUAAGUUAGAGGAGAACGUUCACAUAAAGUAACUUGGAAAAGCUACACUGAUGUUUUUUUAUUCUUAGUUUAUUUUUUACCCCAGUAUUAAAAGAUACCUAGCUAGAUUAAGAAGGUUGAGGCCACAAUGAGCACGUUUACAUACAACGCAAUACUCUGAUAACUAUCAAAAAUCAGCUAUCAAAAAUCAUUCAUAAAAGCGACAAUGGAAGAAACCUGCGUUUACAUGAGAUUUGAAAUCAUUCAGUCAUUCUGUUUUUGACGUCAAAACGUAAACAGUCAUGCACACAACACUUGCACACGUUGGAUAUACUGGUAAAGGUGUUUACUUGAAACGCAAAAUUGGGGAAAUGAGCAAAUAUCUAUGUACGGCGAUUGUUUUUUGCUUAAACAAUUUAUGACCUUACCUCAAUGAAGGUACGCCGUUUAAGGCGUUUACAUGAUGAUGCACAUUGUUUGUUUACUAAGCAUAAUUGGUGGAAGAAUGUGUGUAAAUAAUCUCAGUGUUGCAUAAACAACAACAGCUAACGCCUAGAUGUUUGCUAUUAAGAUUCAUCGCUACUUAGAUUUGCAGUUUCGUUGUUUGAAUUCUGUAUUUAUAGCAAUUUGAAAUAGUUGAUAGGAUAGGGUAAUCCAUGGGCCUAAAAGCACAAUUCUGUUGUGGUGCAAGGCUGUAAUAUCGCUUUUGCAAAAAGUUAACCUGAAUGUAGGCCCAGACAGAAUUUGCUAACUUUUUCCCAUUUUCUGCACUGUCUUUGAGGUAAAAUUUGCAUGAUGGAUUUCAAUAUGAUAAAACAUGUUAAAUGGAGUUAAGAGUACCACACUUUUAUUGGUAGCUGAAAGCGCAAUCAAAUUAGCAAAAUGUUUAAUAAACAAACACGCAAGUGGCAGUUAUUUUGCGUAAGUUUGCAAAUGAUGGUAAAUCAGAUGUUGCAUAAAUAUACAGAAUUUUAAGUGGCGCUCCAACACAGUACAUGGGUUUUGAAAUAGACUUUUACUUGCUGGGUUCCCAUCCAACAAUUUUUAUGCAAAUUUAACAUUUUUGUUUAAGAAAACCUGAAUGGAAACGCUUGAUGUGCGCAUAAACACUCAAAACUUUAUGCGCUGGGCAGAGGGGGAUUUUCUGUAGUUUCCCAUUAGUCAAAAUGCAUAUUUAGUUGAUGGAAUUAGUUUAUGAUGUGCUUUAACCAUUUGUGCACGAAAGGUUUGACUCGGCACGCAGUUGUUCAAACAAAGCCAUUCACAUUCGGAAGUGUUUAACCCACAGUUGGUCAUUAAAGUGGGUCCAGACAAUCUGCCAGAACAGUUUUUAGCGCGGGCCCUCCCGGGUAUACGGAGGAUGCUCUUAAAAACAUCUAAACUUGCCGCAAAUUUGCCGCUCGUUAUUUUCACAUGCAAAUGAGCAUUUGAUUCGCAGCAAAUGUCUGCCAGAAGAUUUGCAGCUCUUCACCAGUAGUGGUGUACCUCCAACAAACUUUUGGCUACAAUGGACAAUUUGCUUAACUCUCGUUUUUUGUAAGGGUGGCAGCAAAGCAGCUAUUUCAGCCCUCAUUAUAUGAGAUAUUACACACUCAUUCUUCGAUGUCUCCUGGCAGCAUUUAAUAAAUCAUUGUACAAAUGUACAGUCACUCUCAAGGUAAUGCGCAUGACGUAGUGGAUGAAAAAGCACAAUGAUAUGUAUUUUCUUUAGUCAAGUUUUUCUAAAUGUGCUUAAAAAAUGCUAAACAUUUGGAUGGAAACCCAGCUACUUUGUUUUGCUGAUGGCAUAUUCCUAACCUUUAGUCAGUAUUGAAUUAAAAUCUUGUUUUUAUCGACUUAAACGUUUUGGUGAUGGUACUGCCUGGCAUGUAUUUUUUAUGAAUUAUCGUAAUACUCUUUAACUCUUGAAAUCCAUCUGCUGUUCUCCAACGGUAGACACUCUCUAACUGGUACUAUUAACAUUUUUUAACAUUCACUCAUUCAGUCUCAUUUGAACAGCUGUUUCUUCUUUACUUUGAGUAUUUUAAAUGACUUCUGAGUUUGACGUGAUGUGUGUCGAUCAUUUCUCUACAGGCAAAAUUGCUAAUUGUAAUUUUAGCCUGUGUAAUGAUUGAUACCAGGUGUCCAAUAAUUUGGACAGAAAUGUUGCGUAAUGUUAAUAGGAACAACUGUGACAUCCAUGUGUACUGCUAAUUUUCAACUAUACCAUCUUUUUCUUGUUUUCUUGUCUUGUUUUUGGUUUGUUCCUCUCUUUCUUUUUAUGUCCAAUCAGCUUGUGAUGUUUUGACCUCAAAUAGCUGCUUGACACUCCUUCGUCAUGUUUGUGUCACACUAAACAGUGUUACACUAUCUUAUUUAAAGUAUGUUAAGUGUAUGUACAUUGGGUCUAGCUCACACUGGAACUCUAGUGCUGUAGUUUUUCACAUGAAUAAUCCCUACCUGAAUUUGAUUACAGUAGUACACUAAUCUAAAAUCAGCUUUGUCAUUUGAGAAUUGUAACAAACUGUAACUACGUCUUUCAGACUGGAAUCAAAAGGGAGAAGAAAGAAAUAUAGGUUUGGAACAACAUAAGGGUCCUAGAUAAGGAUGAAGUCAAUUCCUGGCCUAUAAUUGAUCUUUAAUGCUGUAAUGUAGGCCAGAAGUGGGCUUUAUUCAUGUUUAGGGCCAUUGGUCUUGGCUUUUCUGCCUUUUGUGCAGAACAAGUGGAACUAUACAACAAACCUUGUGUUCUGAUCCAUCUUUCAAACAUUGUGUUGUAGCGCCUUUUAUGCUGGAUUUGUCCUGUAUACCUCCUUUGUGCAAUAGUUUGUAUAUUUUAUUUGUUGUAAUACCUGUAAAUUAAUUUCAAGUUUUCAUAUCCUGUUUUGUUAUCCAUGUUUUUUCUUAAAUUAUUUUUUAUGUUGGUGUCAUACUUAAGGGUGUAUGUCCUGUGAAGCUCGAGCUAAAUGCAUUCCUUUUUGGCCUGCCUUUAACCCUCUCCUAUGUAGAUAAGACAGAUAUUAACCUCAUUAAGAAAUGCAUAAAAAAGUAUACAUAAACCAUGUAUGUUAUGUGUUAUAUUUGUCCGAUGAAACUGGAGUAAAUGCACACGUGUAACUCGAAACAUUUUAAGGAUUUCAGACUGCAUUGAUAGUGACUAGUGAUGCUUGGAUUCCUUUGGAAAUGUUAAUGCUCAAUAUGUUGUCCCUUGAUUUCACAGAAUAAAGAAAAGAUAACAUUUCAGAUACAUUCAUA